AUGGAUUUCACCGAGCUCGAACACCGAGAGGGCGCGCGUUUAUCCUGGAACGCGUGGCCGUGCUCGAGGAUCGAAGCCACGAGGGUGGUGUUACCGAUCGGCGCUCUGGUGACACCGGGUAAGGACCUCGGGGAACACUGUCCGACGUUGCCGUACGAACCGGUGGUGUGCGAGGGCUGUCAGGCGGCCGAGAUCGAUGUGCAAAAAAUCGUGUCCUCCUCGAUUGGCGACGGCCCGAAUAUCGCUCGAAAACUCGCGCUCAGCUGGUCUAGUAGAGUACUCGCGGAGUGA